AUCGUCGUCGUCCUCGUGGUCAACGUCCGCGUGUUCGCUGCCACCGUUCUCCACGUCGCUCAUCGCUUUGCCGUAAGGAAGAUUCAGUGUUGAAUCAGUGCGGGUUUGUGGCAAUAGGGAGUCAGGAUGGCGGGCAACAAGGGUACAGGCAUCACCAUGCACAUAAAGCCCGUGGAAGUUUCCGAGCAGCUACAGGGUGGAGAGAAAUUUAUCAAGUGGGACGAGGAUUCCGGGGUGGCAACACCGGUGACUUUGAAAGUGGAUAAAUAUGGUUUUUACAUACACUGGGUGGAUCAAAAUAAUGAGAUGGAUAUGCUGGACAUAGCAGUUAUAAGAGAUACUCGCACAGGAAAAUAUGCAAAAAUACCAAAGGAUCCAAAGCUGAAAUCUCUUGUAACGAUGGGUUCUCAAGACUCCUUAGAAGACAAAACUGUAACGAUCUGUUACGGAUCUGACUUUGUCAAUAUGAAUUUUAUUAAUUUUUGCACAACGCGUGCAGAAAUAGCACAACAUUGGGCAGAACAACUUUUUCAAAUGGCGUACAAUUUGAUUCAAUUAAACACUAGCACAACUAUGUUCUUAUUGAAAGCACAUACCAAGCUUGCACUUACUGCUGAUAAAAAUGAAAAAAUACCGGUAAAAAAUAUAAUAAAAAUGUUUACACAAAACAAAGACGAUCGCAAGCGUGUUGAGAAAGCACUUGAUAUUUCUGGCUUUCCAUCUGGCAAAAGUGACGUCGUACCGUUGCCAAAAUUCCAAUUUGAAGAUUUUUUCAACUUUUACAAGUCUCUGACUCAGAGAUCAGACGUGGAAAAAGUGUUCGAAGGAAUUAUUGGCAAUAGCAAACGCAAAUUGAUGUCUGUUUCACAAUUUGUGGACUUCUUGAACAAGUCGCAGAGAGAUCCACGUCUCAACGAGAUACUGUAUCCAUACGCAAAUGAAGCUAGGGCAAAGGAUAUCAUAAAUCAGUAUGAACCCAACAAGGGUAAUGCAAAUAAAGGACAGCUCAGUUUCGACGGAUUUUUGAGAUAUCUCAUGAGCGAAGACAACCCGAUUGUUGCUGUCUCCAAAUUUGAAUUGUCUGACGAUAUGGAUCAACCGCUUCCGCAUUAUUUUAUAAAUUCUAGUCAUAACACAUAUUUAACAGGGCAUCAACUUACCGGAAAGAGUUCUGUGGAAAUUUAUCGUCAAUGUCUUCUAGCCGGUUGCCGAUGUGUUGAAUUAGAUUUUUGGAAUGGAAAAUUUGACGAACCCGUUAUUGUUCAUGGAUAUACAUUCGUACCUGAAAUAUGUGCCCGAGAUGUGAUAGAGGCAAUUGCUGAAACCGCUUUUAAAACGUCGGACUAUCCAGUCAUUCUCAGUUUCGAAAAUCACUGCAAUCCAAGGCAACAAGCCAAAAUCGCUCAGUACUGCAGAGACCUUUUCGGGGAAAUGUUGCUCGAUGCGCCACUUGAAUCACACAAGUUAGAGCCAGGUCAAGAGCUCCCGCCGCCGUCGUUACUAAGGCGUAAAAUAAUAAUAAAGAAUAAAAAGAAACAUCAUCAUCAUCAUAAAAAGCAUCACAAAAAGCAACAGCAAGCUUUAGAUACUGCUGAAGGUACCCCAGACAGUGAAACUAAUGGGACGGUGAAUCCAUCUGCUGGAGGAGAAAACGGUCCUCCGCCGGAUAUUAUACCUCAGAAUGAAAUGGCUGAUGAUGGUGCACCUGAAAAUGAGCAGCAAAUUGGAAAUGGCGAUAUUUCCCAUCCGAUGCUGCAACAAAGACAAGGCAGUAAAGACAGCGGCCAGGAUGACGAAGACGAAGAAGAUGAAUCGAGUACAGAGGACGAUGAGUCUAAUGUGGAAGAUAUUAAACUGAGAAUAGGUGACAAAGUUGUACCAGAUAAAUCCGUAGCCAAAGAGACCGAGGCGGGCGCAGAGAUUUCAGCUCUAGUUAAUUAUGUGCAGCCCGUACACUUCAAUAGUUUUGAAUCGGCUGAAAAAAAGAAUCGCACGUACGAAAUGUCAUCCUUCGACGAGAAGCAAGCUACGACUCUCUUGAAAGAGAGACCACUAGAGUUUGUGAAUUACAACAAGCACCAAUUAUCUAGAGUUUACCCAGCAGGAACAAGAUUCGAUUCCAGUAAUUUCAUGCCGCAAGUAUUUUGGAACGCGGGAUGUCAGCUGGUUGCGUUAAAUUAUCAAACACUCGAUCUGGCGAUGCAAUUAAAUCUGGGAAUAUUUGAGUAUAAUCAACGCUGCGGCUAUCUAUUAAAGCCAGAAUUUAUGAGAAGAAAAGAUCGGCGGCUAGAUCCCUUCGCCGAGUCUACCGUUGAUGGUAUUAUAGCAGGCUCGGUUCAUAUCCAUGUGAUAUCCGCACAAUUUUUAACUGACAAAAGAGUAGGAACUUACGUAGAAGUCGAUAUGUACGGUUUGCCGGCGGAUACCGUAAGGAAGAAAUUCCGCACAAAAAUCGUACCUAACAACGGUAUUAAUCCCAUAUACGACGAAGAGCCGUUUGUAUUCAAGAAGGUAGUUUUGCCGGAACUUGCCUCGAUAAGGAUAGCGGCGUAUGAAGAAUCUGGACGUUUAAUCGGUCACAGGGUACUUCCCGUAGUCGGAUUAUGCCCAGGAUACAAACAUGUAGCAUUAAGAACAGAGUGCGGGCAACCACUACCAUUAGCGAGUCUGUUUUUACAUGUUAUCGUGAAAGAUUACGUUCCUGAUGGUUUAAGCGAGCUUGCCGAAGCUUUAGCGAAUCCUAUUAAAUAUCAGAGCGAAGUGGAGAAGAGAGAGAACCAAUUGUUGGUUCUUACAGAUUGCUUGGAAGAACCGGAAGAAAUCGAAGAUAAGGGUAAAGUUGGCGAUAUUCCUAGUACUGCUAAACCAGCUGAGGAAGUUGUAAAAGCUAAACGACUACAGUCCAUAGGCGAAGUGCCAAGCCUUUUACUAACUCCCAGUAGCUUACAACAUAGUAGACCAUCUAUCGGCGGCAUAGGUAGUUCGGACACGGUGGAUGUGGACGAUGAUACUCCCUGUUCUGCAGUUCAAUCAGCCGAUACAUCUAUAAAUAAAAGCCCAGUCAAUGUUGGCAAUAUAAGUGAUGAAAUAGUAGCCGAAAGUUUGGAAAAACUCAUGGAAAACAAGCUGGUCAGGGAGAAAAAGAUGGAACUCGAGAAGAAACUUGAAUCUCUGAGGAAAAAGCAUGAAAAAGAGAAAAUGCGGUUACAGUCACAGAAAGCCUCGAUCGACGGUGAGAAGCAUAGAUCGAAAUUCUAUAUGAGCAACAGGCUGGUGAAGCGACUAUCGAGUAAAAAUAUCAGUUUUUCGAGUGAAGUGGGUUUAAGCACCUUGGCCAUGGCCGAGACCUCCGAAUGUCCGGAGAACGCGGAAAAUCGUGAGGGGAACGAGGGGACCAGGGGCUUACCCAGAAGUCAAAGCGAUCGAUUUUUAGCCGUAUGCAAGGCGCAUGUUCAACAGGAACGCGAGCUUCAGGAAAAAUAUUACGAGAACCUCUUUGCGACUGUCGAGAAAGUGAUGAGAGGAUCGCAAUCCAAUCAAUUGAAAAUGCUUCAGGUGCUUUUAGACAGAGAGACCGCGGACGUUAAACGAAAGCUGCAGGCUACGAGACAAGGCGAGGUCAAACAAUUGGCUAAAGUGCACAAAGAUAAGGCCGAGUUGGAACGUAUAAAACGAGAAGUCGCGAAAUCGACGGUGGAGAAAGGUGUGAACGAGUGUACGCGCUUGACGAAAAUUUACGACAAGAAGAGAGCGGAGUUGGAAAGACAGCACGAAGAAGUGCGGCUAAGCCUGGAAGAGGAGCGAGCCAAGGUGAAAGCUAACUUGCUGGCGGAAUAUAGUAGCCGCUACAGUAAAUACGAAAGUGGUGAGUUACCCCUGUCACCGUCUGGCGGAGCUAGCUUGCCCGAGUCGCUUAGCGAAAACAUGUAUUGACUCGCGAAACGAAUUGUCUAGCUGUGUGUUAAUUAAGGAUACGGCAUCGAUCCACGGAUGUCCGUGUCUCACGCCAUUGUACGCGUCGUCCAAAGCAUCUAGUUAUGCAACCUGGUACAGCAAACGCGAAUCGUAGUCUGAAUUCUGUAACGAGAGAUACAUGAGGGGAGAAGGAAAACAGAUAUUACUUGGACGCAAUAAUUUUCCCGACACUUGUACGAGGAAACGAAUCAAUAACGACUAACGGAACGUUGGUACGUAGCGCUUAUCUACAGUUGCUCGGCGGCGAUAAAACGUACCCUCUCGGGAUGUUGACAUUGUGACGGUGCUGUGACGAGAGAUCACGUGAUUUCGGGCAGCUCGGUGCUACUCGAGGCACGAGUUAACGUCUUGAUACUAUUAUGUACGGUACAAUUGUAUAUAUAUAUAUAUAUCUAUAUAUACAUAUAUAUAUGUAUACUGAUCUUUUACCAUUUAAUACUUCAAGAAAAUUAGAUGUCGAAUAAUGUGGAUCGAAGUAAUUUUCUAUUACUUCAACGCUGUGUCUUUUACUACGAUGAUCAUUAUUCGACUGAGCGUUGAUCGUACAUGCCGAUCGAUUCCUCAAUCGAUUGUCUCACGUGAAAACGCCUAUGUCUUGAUCUCUUUACGAUAAAAUAUCUGCUUAGUAAUACAAAAGAGAGAAAGUGAUAAUGUCAGACUUCAAUGAGAAAUGCGAGUUUCGCAUUAUUUGCACACAGUAUUAAGCAGUCUGAAAGAUUCCGGGAUCUAUGAUAGUCGCCGACGUGACAGUCGAUUGUACAUUUGCAUGAGCUUAACGAAGCAUUAAGAUCGUUUGCGAGAAAUACGCACGAGAGAGGUAUAUAUAUAUAUAUAUAUACAUAUAUAUAAUUCUAAAUAAGGGAAAAAAAUAAUACAACAAACCUUCCUAAGUGCUAACAUUUAAUAUUGUUGUUAUAUGCAUAAGGCAUCGUUAUUUAAUCGACUAUAUAUAAACUAAGAAACUCUAAUCGCGUUCCAAGAUGCUCUGUUUAGAUUGGUCUUCGAUUACUAAAAGAUCAGAUCUCAGGAGAUUCCAGUCAGAAUAAUGUAAGAAGUAUAACCGAGAGGGUGAAAUCUCUUUGGCCUAGAGGAGAAACAUUGGAAAAUGCUGAGAGAGGUCUACACGAACGCGCGAGUGAUCUGAUAUAUUUUUGACUGAAAGUACUCCGUAUAAAACAAAUUUUUUUUCUGGGGUUGUCCGCACCGUGAAAAUACUGAGACACUGUCGUACCAGAGGCACGAGAGUGUCCCAGUAUCUCAAUGUGUAGAGCGAUUUCGGUCGGGCAAACCCCUUUGAGGAAGACAAUCAAAAAUGUUACGAUGUAACAUUGUCCUUGUUGUUUCUAAUUGUACGAUAUUUUAGGCUACGCGCUACGAUACGUAUACACAGGUAUCUGAGGGGAUUCUUCGUAGUAAUAACGAACUUAGGAUUAAAACUUAUCCCGUAUCGUAAGUCUACAUCGUGUAAAUUCGUUAUUUAUUUAACGUGUUGAUUUAGUAAAGGCAGAGGUACGCGGGGUGUAUCGUAAUCUGCUUGGUGAUAAUCGCACGAGUAACGACGAUCGAAUCAAAGAGAGAAAGAAGAAAAAGUUACUUUAUUGUCGCAAUUUCUGUUAUUUAUAUUUUACGCUAAUCGAUGAUUCUUUAUUUCGGUCUAGAGAUUGCACAAUUUUUUUUAGUCUUUGAUAAGUUUAUCUAUUGUUAAACAUUCGCCAUAGUUGAGCAGAAAAUUGUUGUUAAUGGAUCUGCGAUCCAGUUGCACAAGUGUACUGCACACGCGAUCUCAUUAUACUCAAAUGCUAUCUCAUGGCAUUUAGUGUUUUCGAAAUUUAGACUCUUCUCUUUAUGCAUUACAACUACGAAUUUAAGUACAUUCUUUCGUUGCGUGUACUUACAUCGAAAGAGCCAUAUUUUGAUCUGAUCGAUUAUAGUUUUCGAAUAAGAGUGUAUGCGCACAGGUAUGAAAGUAUAAUUACUUGCGAAUUUGAACGAAUCUCGAUAUGAAUUGUAUUUCAAUAUUAUAUUUUACAUUGAACUUUUUAGUCUUAAAGCACAAAGAGUAUAUGUUCAUCUCAAUUAUAUAUAUAUUUUUAAAUUUCUGCUUUUUUGUAUUGUUUUAUAAUUUUGUCGAGCUUAUAAUUUUUAAUUUAGCGUUUUUAAUUCUUUGAAGUUACAUUUGGAUGUAAUAUGGGAAAAUAUGAUGUUAUUUUUAUAAACUUUAAAAAAUGAAAAUUUUAUAAUUAUAUAAUUUGUAUAGAUUAUAUUUUAUAAAUAUCUUUUAUAAUUGUACCAUCGCGUGCAAUAAUAGUCAAUUCGUUGUUCAUUCUAUUAUGUGAUUCUGCUCUCUUUGUGCAUUAUUUUUCGCAAUCAUCGUCGAAGGUGAAGGAAAAGAACACUCGCAAUUGUGGCGAGAACUCUAACAAGCAGAGAACAACUGGAAGAGCAAUUAAGACAUACGCAUUUAUUAUUGCAAGCGAUAGUGCAUCCCGUAAACUUAAGAAUGUUAAAGUUAUAUCCCGUGCACCUCUCUCAGAUUUAAUAAUAUUUCGUUUGCGAUAAAUAUAAAAAGUAUGGCAUUUAGUUCUUUUGAACAGUCGCUAUGGCGUCUUUCACAGGAAGGAAGGAGAAAGAGAGAGGGUAGCUGAUAUAUAUAUAUUUCAUACUUUAUCAUUAAAAAGUACGCAGAGUUACCAUUUUUUAGUCGACGUUUAUUAUCGCGAUAGCAUUUUUUGUCAAGUUACCGAUUGUUCGUGAGGUUGUAGCUUGUAUCGUAGCGGACGCGACUUUAUCCGAUAUGAUGGUAGAUAAUUGUAAUAAAGAUAAUAUGAACGAUAAUAUAUUUAAUGCAAUGCAUGUGUAACUCUUCUAUCUGGUACGCUCGGAAUGUACGCGAAGAGAUCAAUAUGCGUGGACAAGUAUUUGUGAAAUUGGGCAGAUGCCACGUCGGUUAAAGUACGCAUCCUCUGCGACAUCUCGAGCAACUCCCGUGGCGAUGUAACGAUAGAAGAAAAUCGAUUAAUUGCGUAAUGCGACGCGUAGUACUACGGUACACUGAAUCUCUAUUGUUACACGUAUAGAUAUUUGUUUUCUAACAUUCUGAUAUUUAUUUUGAGGCGUUGCUUUUACCUCGAACGCAUUACAAGUUUGUUACAUUCGUAAGUUUUUCGAUGUUUCGCCUCUCCGUAACGAAGCAGAUUUUAGUACGAGCGUUUACUUUGCGAAACGUAAUUAUCGUUUUCGAGCUUGCGAUAUUAGUAUAUAUAUAGUAUAUGUAUAUAUAGGUAAUAUAUUGACUUUUCUCCUAUGUCGGUUACGGCAUUGAAGCGUGCAAUCUUUUUGAAUAUAUUUUCGUUAACUAAGCUAUAUUAUCACGUUGAGGUUGACGACCUCUCGUAUAUUGCGAUAUAUACGAGAUAACUGGAAUAUAAGCGAUAAGAGUGAGCAAAUGGAAGAGUAUUUCCAAUUAUAUAGGUUUUUCCUUAUAUUCCAAUGGUAAUCCGAGUUUUAGCUUCGUUAUCUUUGUCAAUUGAGGAGUUGGAAAUCGAAUCUAUACCGUUAUUCUUUAUACAGUUGUACAUUGCAUUCGAAUAUUGUUAUACUUAUGCGUUAUAUCGGAAUAUUGUAUUCUAUGGAUGACGUUUGUUUGUCGCUUUUUUUUUCGAACUGUAUAAAUUUUAAGCUCGUUUUUUGAGCUUAGAUGAAGCUAUUUACGCUGUUAUCACAUCCAAUUCCUCGAUUGCAGUCGUUUCGCGUCUAGUGUGAUCUACCUAUGCAUUUAUGUCCUUCGACUAGAUCAGAUCGAGUUGCUGUGUGUAUUUUGUCGAAGAUCUUUUCCCGCGCAUUGUAUGUGGAUGUCGCAUACUUGCCUGGGACACGAUCGUUCUUCUCCUACAUUCGUGUAAUGUACAUAUAUACGCGUGUAUGUACGUUACACACACAUGCGUGUGUACAUAAGAUAAAUUUAGAUCUAACGGGAUAUAGAUAAUAAUAUAUACAUAUAUAUAUAUUCACGUUGAUAUAUUAUAUGUGUUGUUGUUGUUGAUGUUGUUAAUCGUAGGAUAGCCAUAAAGAGAAAAAUGGUAGCGCUAGCGUAAUCGUUGUUAAUAUAAGAGUACUACAAGAAACAACAAAAUAAGAGUUCUCUACGCUACGACGAACACGUUCGCGGACGGAUUGUUAAUUAAUCGCAACAUUAAUUGAUGCACGCGUCACGAUGUUGUCAAUUUGUACCUGCGAUCUUAUCUCGACCACUCUGGCGUUAGUCUUUUUUUUCUCUUGGAUUUUGCUUCUAUUGCAAGAUCUCUGAUUUGAGGAUCGCUUUCGUUAUCAGCUCUAGAAUCUCCCUGUCGGUGCUUAACGUCAAAGUGGUCGACUCUAGUGGCGGUGCUUCUCGAGGCGCCGCGGCUACCCCUAAGGUUUGCCAAAUAGAUAUUUAUAAAACAUGUCGAGCUAUCCGCCGAGGAUUCCCAUAACGGACGUGUCUGUCGUUCUAGAGUAACCGCGAGAGUUUCGCAUAUGUAACGUGUAUAUUAUACGUAAGAUAUGCGUGGUUUGAAACGGCCUACAAACGAUCAGUAGUGACUUGGCUCAGCUUAUUGUAAUAUCGUUCCAUUCUCUCCGAAGAUAUCGCACUUGCCGCUUUAGUGUCCCGAGGUUUCCACAAAUUGGAGCGUCUAAACGUCCGCCGACGGGUCGAGAAACUGAGCGUUAGAUCGUUCCCCGCAACCAGGUUCGCAUCCGCGAGGAUCUUUCGCCUACUUUUAUCCGUGCUUUUGUCGCGUCCCAUCCGUCGCGUCAGUCCCUCGUCUCACCGUGUAAUAAGGAUCUCCUUAACAACGAUUCUUCGUACCUGACCGUACUAUUGUCCUCGACGUUGCGUCCCUCUUCGAUCCACUCGUGUGUCGAAGACAGCGAAAAAUCUUUUAACGGAUAUGUCUACGAAGAAAGCAUAUAUAUACAUAUAUAUAUACAAUCUGUUCUUUCAAGCGCUCGCAAAAGAUAAUAUUCUGACGGUCGAUUAGGCUGCACCGACAUUUACGAAGAUAUUAGGACUCUAUUACUGUGUAGCCGCCGACGUGCGUUUUUUUGGAUCGUCUAUCAGUUUUAGCAGCGACGCUAUCGCCAAUUCUCAACCGACAAUGAAGUAGAAUUAAAAUUCGACGUACGUGUGUAAAUAUGGUGCAACGACGAUAUUCUAUAGAGAGCCUGCGUUGCUGGUUCGAAUUGACGAAUUGAACUCCACCCCGAGGAACCUCGCCUUACAACAACGCUGCACGUCUACGUGUACCUUUAGCGAUCGAUAGCAUCUUGAUUCAGCGGGAUAUGAACGUACUGCUUGAAAAAAGAAGAAAAUAAUGCACUUAAGCAUACAGCGCGAAUCUUACGUUCAACGAUCCCGUAUCCGUUUCGCGAUCGAGCUCGAUCGUCGAGAUUGUAACGUAACGUCGUAGGAUGCUCGUUUGAUUGUGACGCUUGUUUGCGAUAAAAGGAAAGAGAGAAAGAAAGGAGAGGAACGCAGGGCGAGAAGAAGAAAAGAAAAGGGCGAAGAGGGAGAGUAGCAAGCUCGUCGAUGAUUGUAACGCGGUAGCGAUCGAUAGCGCGACGCCCGACGGCGUUGCACCCCGGUGGCGGAAUACGGCAUAUACAGACGUAUACGUUAUUAUCUACUUUGUACCAGAGAGUAGUCGCGUCCCGUGCAAAAUGAUUUCGUCUUCCCUCCUUAGCCAUUAGCUGCGGCAACGACGACGUGCCGCGCCGAAUCUCGUUAUACUUAGCGUCGGCGACGCGCUCGCGUUCGAUCGUCUCGUCCAGGUCGAUCCCCUCACCGUUACCCUUUCGUAACGCGUUUCGUGAUCUUUAUGUAUUUCUCGGUUGUACCUUUCGUUCUUCAAUCGACUCGUCGGUUUCGUACUCUUCCAUUCUUUUUUUUUCUGUAAAUAGCGACGAGAGAUUAUAACGAAUUUGUUGUGUUCACAAUUUGUUUUGAUUUCGUAUUUUAUUUCCCGAUUUUUUUCCCCUCCUGUUUUUCCAUUUAUGAUUAAAUUUAAGUUGGGUAGAUAUCGAUCAGAGUGCCAUACGUUCAUAAUAGUAUGAAUUAGCACGAAAUUGUCGUUUCUGGUGUAAUUGUUAACGUUAAUCGGGUGUGAGAUUAUUUAGUGCUCGCAACAAUGUUACGUUAAACAUAAUUAGGCAGCGUGAUUUGAUGAUGCAUAAUGAUGACCGAUUUCUAGCAACUAUUAAAUUAUUUAUUAAUUUGCGUUUUUAAUCAUUUUUUUUUCAUAUUCCCUGUUUAAUCUCGUGAUUUUCGCCGCGCGUGUCGCAUUUCGAUUACGUGCAUUUCAUCCGUGCUAAAUCCAACGACAAAGCAUCCCACUAUGAAAGUACCUAAGCAGCAACGGUCUUAAAUGCGUAAUUAAUGUAUUCGCGCGUUCUCUUUACACGCUCUUACCACGGUAAGCGAGAAUUUAUAGUAAGCGUGGCUCUUUCGAGCGACACACGGUGCGUAUUUCGGUAUUUAUCGGACGCGUGACGGAAUAGAAUCGAAGGAAGAAACACAAGUUCGGUUAUGCUCUAUUCGUCACGCGGCGAUUUUUUACGCGGUGAUUAACGAAAGCUCCGUGAGGCAAUUAGAUUUUGAACGGAGAUCUUAUUUCUAUAGGUACUUGCAGAUUUCAGCAAGUUUGCAUGUUAUUUGAUGUUUACUGGGUUUUAAAGAUCUUCGUUCUAUAGAUUUUACAAAUUCUCUGUAGAAAAAAAGUUUUCGUAGAUCUUUCCCUGCUGGAUCUUCUUGUGAUUUCUCUUUAGAUCUUUUUCUAUUGAUGCGCAACCUUAUAAAUAUCAUUAAUUUUUAUUUAUGAAUAAAUUGAUUUCUCGCGACUUUUGAUUUUAUAUCUAUAGAUACUUUGUUUUAUAAAAAAAGCCACAUUCUCCCAUGGAUCUUUAACGAAAUGUUAGUUUUCCUUAGAGAUCAACGUUUCGUUGGAAAUCCGCAUUCCCCGUCUUCCUCGUUUCACAGAGUUCGAAAUUUACAAUUCUCUAUUUCUACGCAUCUUUUUCCACGAAAUACGUAGAUACAAAUCUUACAAUAUUUUUUACAUUGUACACUCUUCUUUAUGUCUUUCAAAUUAUUCUUCUCAGCGGGGAUUCGUGUGCGGAGUGCUUAUCCGAUAUGUUUUCAUUUCGGGUUUUGAAAGGUGCAAAAGGCGAAUGAAUUAUUAAUCGCUUCACGAGAGAUAAACACGGGCGAGGAAGUAUCGAUAGAAAUAAGAUGUUUGUCCCGCUGUUAGCAAUAGUUGUCGAUCAAUUACGUCGAUGGUGUCUGAUUAUAUAAUAUACAUACAUAUAAAUAUAUAUGUGUGCGCGUGUGUGUAUAUGUGUAUAUCUCGCAAUGCACCGAUCUUAAUCGCGACGAAACGUACGUAAUGGAAAAACGAUUAGGGCGUAGAGUAUUAUAUAAUUUCAUUCAAGAAAUAAUUUCUCCUCUCUCUGACUCACUUGUGCCUUGCCCUCGAUCAUCCUUCGCUGUUCUAUUGUAUCCAGGUAUAAUCCCUCUUUUCUAUAAAUAAUCGUAUUUGAUGUUCGAUGUCCUUUCUACGAAAUAAGAGACUAUACGAAAUAAGUGACCGACUAUACAUACUAAGAAAGCGUUACUUAUUCACUCUCGUUUUACCAUUUACGGCAUUUAGCUCGUAAUCGAUAAAUGUACACUGAAUAACUCCUACGAUUUCGACAUUCUUAAGACAUCCAGAGGUAGAUAAUAAUUAAAGAUAAAACAAAUUGCAAGAAAAAAGGCAUCCGGAUUGCAGACGCUCGCAAAUCUUGCUCUCGAAACACACAGACACGUUUCGAGCACUCUAGACGAUUUAAAUAUUUGGAAUUUACAGUUUUUCCCGAUUAUACAGUUCUCGCUCGGUAAACCGAGAUGAAACGCGUAUUAACGCGUAUAUAUUCGUAUAAUCUAUACCUUUUGGGAUUAUGAUAUUAUCUUCCCCGUAAAGUCGAGCUUCCAUGGUCAAAUCGGUGAGAUUUGAGAGCAGAUUGACCCUCAUCGGAUCCGAUGCUUUACGACUCUCGUAUAAUUAUUAUAAAGAAUAACACUGCUCGAACACGAGACCGCAUUUGUUAUACGUACUCCAUACUAAUCAGGAAUUAACAACGUCGUUACUGAGGAUCGUGCGGAAGGCUUGCCGUGACAGGUGAUGUCCUCGUUCGUAAUGUAGGAAAUAGGCGGGUAUAUUUGCGGAAGGUCCCGAUAACUAGAAUACACUGAAAGUUAGAAAAAAAAAAGUCUUCGCGUUAUCGAUUACGUUCACAGGAGCAUAAAAAUAUACGUUACGCGCGCGGCGGGUGUUUAAAAUACAUCUCCCGUUUGUGAUUAACUACGCCGUCGCUUGUUAGUGCUUGAUUUAAAGUAUCGAGAGACCGGUGAUAUGCCGGUGCAAUAAAAUUCAUGCUCAGCCGGAGGGAAUCUCUUCCGCGCCGCGCGUUAGUUCCGCACAGCGAAGAUUAUCUCUCUGAACUUGCUUUUACAUACACGGACGAUUUAUGGAAUUAUGCGGGAGUCAAGGGGAGGUCACUUCCGACUGGAAAAUAGCUUGUAAAUGUAUGCGGAGAAAUUUCGAAUAGAGGAUAUUUCGUGGCACACAAUAGGGCAGGCUCGGACCGUUUUCAUCUCGAUGGAUCUCGCAACGCGCUCUCGCUCCAAGUACGACUACUUGCGCUCUUUAGAACGAUCGUUGAAGAAAACUCUUGGUGAUUAUGCGGAAAUGCGAUUGAUUAUCGCUAUAUCGUGGACAUUGCGAGGGAUUAAUGUGUGUAACUUGCUAAUGUAUGAACUUUCGGGACGCGAGACUUAUUAGUCGUACUUUUCGAGAGACGCGCGCCGGAUUGUCAAGCACGAUCGAUGCCAGCGGUUUUAAGACCAUUUGUAAGCCUGGAUGUAUUUUUUAGAGAACCAGAAUUAGAAAUAUUGUUACCCGCUAUGCGAAUAUCGAUACCAAUAACGCCCAUCAGUCUUGUAUCCGUACGACAUGAUCUGUAAGUUAUAAUAACGAUAUUCUAUAAAUGGCUGUACUAUUGUAAAAUCAAAGAUAUAGCGUACAAUAUAUACAUAAAAUUUAGUGUUGUAGGAGGCAAGCUGUCGAAA